GGGGCCGCGGGCGGGCGGGAGCGCAGUGCGAGCGGAGCGGGCACCGGGCACCGGGCACGGCCUCGCCACGGAUCUUUUACCCCUUCUCCGCACCGGCACCUCCCUCGCGUCCGCCGCAGACCAUGCCCUCCCUAUGACGGCGGCUUGCUGAGCUCACCCUGCAUGCCAGAAGACCGUCCUUGGUUGAUCCGAGGGCUCCUGGGGACUCCGGCCUCCGCCCGGCUUUUCCGCCUGUGUGUGUUCCUGUAGAACUUUCAAAACUGUUUCUCCAAAGGGUUUUGCAGAAACUCAGACUGUUUUCUAAAGCAGAAGCACCUCAGUCCCCGGCAGUAGUGAUGGGCAGCGUGCGAACCAACCGCUACAGCAUCGUGUCCUCGGAGGAGGACGGCAUGAAGCUGUCCACCAUGGCCGUGGCCAACGGCUUCGGCAACGGCAAGGGCAAGGUCCACACCCGGCAGCAGUGCCGGAGCCGCUUCGUCAAGAAGGACGGGCACUGCAAUGUCCAGUUCAUCAACGUGGGCGAGAAGGGGCAGCGCUACCUGGCCGACAUCUUCACCACGUGCGUGGACAUCCGCUGGAGGUGGAUGCUGGUGAUCUUCUGCCUGACUUUCAUCCUCUCCUGGCUUUUUUUUGGCUGUGUGUUUUGGUUGAUCGCGCUGUUGCACGGGGAUCUGGAGGAGCAGGAGAACAGCAAGCCUUGCGUGUCUCAGGUGAGCAGCUUCACCGCGGCCUUCCUGUUCUCCAUCGAGACCCAGACCACCAUCGGCUACGGCUUCAGGUGCGUCACCGACGAGUGUCCCAUCGCCGUGUUCAUGGUGGUUUUCCAGUCCAUCGUGGGCUGCAUCAUCGAUGCCUUCAUCAUUGGCGCCGUCAUGGCAAAGAUGGCGAAGCCAAAAAAGAGGAACGAAACUCUGGUGUUCAGCCACAACGCCGUGGUGGCCAUGAGGGACGGGAAGCUGUGCCUGAUGUGGCGCGUGGGGAACCUGAGGAAAAGCCACCUGGUGGAGGCGCACGUGCGGGCGCAGCUGCUGAAGUCCAGGAUCACGUCGGAGGGGGAGUACAUCCCCCUGGACCAGAUCGACAUCAACGUGGGCUUCGACAGCGGCAUCGACCGCAUCUUCCUGGUGUCGCCCAUCACCAUCGUGCACGAGAUCGACGAGGACAGCCCUCUGUACGACCUGAGCAAGCAGGACAUGGACAACGCCGACUUCGAGAUCGUGGUCAUCCUGGAGGGCAUGGUGGAGGCCACGGCCAUGACCACGCAGUGCCGCAGCUCGUACCUGGCCAACGAGAUCCUCUGGGGCCACCGCUACGAGCCCGUGCUCUUCGAGGAGAAGAACUACUACAAGGUGGACUACUCGAGGUUCCACAAAACCUACGAAGUGCCCAACACGCCCAUCUGCAGCGCCAGGGACUUGGCGGAGAAGAAGUACAUCCUCUCCAACGCCAACUCCUUCUGCUACGAGAACGAGGUGGCGCUCAGCAGCAAGGAGGAGGACGAGAUCGACACGGGCGUGCCCGAGAGCAUGAGCACGGACACGCACCCCGACAUGGAGCGCCACAGCCAGGCGGGGGUGCCGCUGGAGCCGCGGCCGCUGCGGCGCGAGUCCGAGAUCUGACUGGCGGGCGCUGCCCCUCCGGCGUGCUUGGCGGGCUGACCCCGCUCCGUGCCGCGGGCCCAGGGCUCCCCGACGCGAGCAGCUGGCCCACAAGAGUUUGCAGACAACGGUACUGUGCGAGAGUGGCGUGAAGGCAGCAGACCCGAGGAACCCAGGCUGGUUUUAGGGCUGUCCUCAGAGGAAGGGACGACAGGAAAUAAACUCUAAACACAAAGCACUAAACAUGUCUAAGUAUGAACAGAAGGCACAUAUGUUGUAGAAUAAAUUAUGUAUAUAUUUUUUUACAAAACUUGAACUUGCAGGCAAGCUUUGGUUGGGUUAUUAUUAUUUUUUUUUUUUUUUUCAACUUUUUCCAGAAUGCUUCUCUCUAGGGAACAAGAAUGUUUUUAAUGGCAUAACAAAGGCAAGAAUCUGCCUUAUUAUUAUUAUUAUAAUUAUUUUUUAAAAAGCUGCUGCUAACUACAUGAACACAAAUGGUUAUUUUUGUUGCAGUGUAGUUUUUAUUUUCUCUUGUGUAAUUUAAAAAGAAAAAAAAAAAAAAGUCAGUGUUGAACUUUUUGGGUUGAAAAGCUCAUGAUCAGUUCAGAGAGGCCAAUGUUGCCAGAAAAGUUUAAACUCCUUUUGAGGCCAGUAGUUGAUAGCUAGAAUCAAUUUCUCUCUUUCCAAUUACAUAAGGGGCAUUAUGUAAUAUCAGGCCAAUCAGUAGCCUCCAGCAAAAUUAUUAUUUUUUUGGGGGGAGAAUUUAAUUCUCUGUCUAAAGGAAAAGUGAGACAAAAGAUAUGUAUGCAUAGGAAAAAGUACUAAGUUCAAACUACCUAAGUGGAUACCAAAGAAAAUGCACAGUUUUGCACAGUGGAGUUUAUUUAAAAAAAAAAAAAAAAAAAAGGAAAAAAAAAAAAAGGAACAGGCUGCUUUAAACAACAACAACAACAAAAAAAAUCAAACCUCAGACACUUUUUUUGGUUUUGAGUUUUUUCUUUUUUUUUUUUUUUUUUUUUUCUUUUCUUUUUAAGACCUUUAUUUUGCACCUUAUUCUAAAGGCUUAAGGCUGGGAUCUAAAGCGAGCUGGGCCUCCUUCUCUUUUUCCCCAUGUGGGGGGGAAUAAAAUCCCUGUUUUCUUGUAGGGGGAAGCAAACCAGCAUCACCUGUGUGUCCUCCCUGGCCUGCCCCAGCUCUGAGCAGAGGAGCUUUCCCUGAAACUGUGCCAUGGACACGCCUGGAGCUUGGCCAGGGAUGAGCCAAGCAGCAGAGAGAUCCCCAGGAAGAGAUUUUUGAGGA